CAUACCGCUUUAUUUACUAACAAAAUUAUUUCCGCAAAAUUUUUGUACAAAAUUCCAAAAAAAAGUCUCCAKCUCUCACCAAAUACAUGCUUUGAAAGAAAGAGGAAUAGUUUCUAAUAUAUUUUAGUGUUUGGUGUUGCAAAAUUGUUGGUUGUAAUGUGCUAUUCCACUGAGGAUAUGGCUUUUGCUUUGGCCUACAUGAGCAUAGGAUUUUGGGCGUUUUGCGCAUUAAUUCAUGCAUUGGUUCUGUUGGUGCAUGCGAGUUUGGAAUCGACGGAACCGAGACGUUGUGAUACGGCUUUAAUUAGAUAUGUGAAGACCAUACCCAUUGACUUUCACUUCAAUGCGCUGUUUGGUGAUUUACUACGCACUGGUGCCUCAUUUAUGCUACYCAAAGCAAUUAAUGACUGCAACAUCAAUAUGCUUGUGAACUUUUUGCGCUUCAAAUAUGUUGAAGUAUUUCUUCUGCUAAUCUUAUUUACUGUUAGCUGCUUCAGGGAAGAAGCGAAUGCAUUUAUAAAAGCUUACUACACGAUAUUGUUGGUUUUAGAUUUGGCGGUGCUGUAUAUUAUAUUCAUAUAUUGCUGCGAGCUCUUAGCGCAAAAGUGAGAAAGAAAUGAAGAAGCACUUUAAAUACAUAUGUAUGUAUGUGUGUAUGUGGGUUUAA